GUAAGGGUAAAAAUUCCCUUGUGUCUCUUCUAACCUUCAGUCCAGGACAGAAUGCAUCACUGACCUCAGGUUCCUGCUGUCAAAGCCAAUGGGGAAAUCAGGAAGGGCAAUUUCCAUUCCCAGAGUAAGGGUGUGGCUCCUUUGAAUAAUGUGAAAAGGGAGGGUCCAAAGAAUGGGCACCAUGGAACCGCAGGAUAAUUAAGUCAAAUGGUAACAUAAGGGUAAUUCUAGACCCAGGGAAGGCAGCACCCAAAUCCAGCUGAACAAGCUCCCAGGAAAUAGACCCCACUUGCGUUUUAAACUUCAAAAUGAAAAUCCUACUAAGUCAGUGGGUAAGUACUCCUGGGAGAAGUUCCCAGAUCAGUAACUCCCCAGUCUUAUAAGUUCUUUCCAUCUCCAUCUAUCUUGGGAAACUGCAGACCCCAAGUUUAACUUGCCUGACUGGCGAAUCAGAACAGACACAUCCCAGUCCUAAGAGAACCACUCCGCUUCACUGGGAAAUAUUAAAAAGACUGACUUACCAAAGAACACCACAAAGAAAAGAAAAUGAUCAUGUGUUUAAUGGCAAGGAUGAAAUAGUUAGACGAGGGAAAAACCCUUCUUCAAACAGAAAACUCAAAAAACACGGAUCGAAAAAUCCAUGAGACAUGCUACAACAUGGAUAAACUUUGAAAACAUUAUGCUAUAUGAAAGAAGCCAGUCACAAAGGACUAUAUAUUAUAUGGUUGCAUUUAUAUGAAAUGUUCAGAAUAGGCAAAUGCACAGAGACAGAGAGUAGAUUAAUGGUUGCCUAGGGCCGGGAGGGAUUGGGGGAUUAGGUUAAUGGAUAAGAGAUAGGAGUUACUUUUGGGGAUAAUGAAAAUGUUCUAAAAUUAAUUGUGGUGAUGGAUGACAAUUCUACGAAUGUACUAAAAGUCACUAAACAUACAUUUCAAAUAGGUGAGUUGUAUGGUAUAUGAAUUAUAUUUCAACAAAGCUGUUUGAGAAUAAUCCAUGGCUCCACACUAGUUCUACAUUAAUCUUAAAACAUGUAGUUCCGCUCUGGCUGGUGUGGCUCAGUGGACUGAGUGCAGGCCUGUGAACCAAAGGGUUGCUGGUUCAAUUCCCAGUCAGGGCACAUGCCUGGGUUGCAAGCCUGGCCCCUAGUGGGGGGCACACAAGAGGCAACCACACAUUGAUGCUUCUCUCCCUCUCUUUCUCCUUCCCUUUGCCUCUCUCUAAAAAUAAAUAAAUAAAAUCUUAAAAAAAAAAAAAAAAGCAUGUAGUUCCUACUAUAAUGCAAAACCUGCCUGGGCAAAAUCUGGGGGGGAAAAAAAAAGUUGACAUCAGUACUAGGUAGAGGCCCCAGCUAGAUUUCCCUAGCAAAACACUCCCAUCUUAGUUUGGGGAAGAAUUUUACAGUCUUGUCUCAAAAUCAUCAGUCUCAUGGAAAUCCCCAUCUAGCUUUAGGUUCCUGUUUCAAAAACACUGGAAAAACCAAAACAGGCAAAACACACUUUCAAAACACCUUUACAUAGACAAGGGAAGAAACAGAGGAUCACGGGACAGAUCAGAAUACAAAGUUAAAAAUUCACUAUUAUAGAAACUCAAGUUCAGAAAAGACUACAGAUUUCCCAAGGAAGCUGUGUUUCAAAAGUCCCUAAAUAAUUCACAAAGAAUAGUAGCCAAAAGAACCCACCUGAUGGCUGAGGCCUUAUAAGUGACCACACUGACCUCAGCUCUUCUGCCCCUAUUGGAUUUUCAUCUUGACAAUUCUCUUCUCAACCUGUUUAAUUUCCCAAACCAAAACCAGAGGGUAUCGUGAGGAGCCCUGCGAGGACUCUGGGCUGCACCCACAAGGGCCUGGGUGGGCCUCAUGGUCACAGCUGUCACUCUGGAAAGUAAAACAGAAGGGGGAGAUGGAACACUAUCCCUCUUACCCUAAAGCAAAACAUACAAAACCCUAGGGGCAUUGGGAUGCUCAGAGAGAGAGCUAUCUCUACAGCUAUCAGCCGACAGCUCCGUCCUGCCCUGACAAACACGAUUCUCUCCAAUCUCCAGGCAAAUAAAUUAAAAGACCAAAUGUUAUUAAUUAAUUAAUAAUGGAGCAGAUGCUGUUUGGCUUCUGCCUCUCUGCUAGACUCCCGUUCUAAGGAGUCUGCUUCAGUCCCUAAAAACAAAAAAGCGAUUUCCAAUGUCAAGGACACAGGGAACUGGCAAGUACCUGGAAGAGUGCUGGGAACAUAACAGGUAUUCAAUAAAUUCGUUGAAUGCCCCUUGACUGAAUGCCGAUAUUACCUCCCUCCACCUCUGGCCUUCUUCCCUCAACCUGGAAGCGCGCACGCGCGCGCGCGCGCGAAGUUCAACCCACGCCUGUUCACUCCAGCUCCAUUUGUACAUAACCUUGCAAAAGUAAUAAAAUUAACAAUUACUGCUACAAUACAGGUUUAUGGGGGCAGGAAUUUCUGUUAAUUCUGUUACUAACGUACCUUGAGUGCUUAAAACAAUGUAUGGCACAUAACAGGCUCUCAAUGAAUAUUUGCUUAAUGCCGAAUGAAUUAAGGGCCUACAAUGUGCCAGGCCGUUCACACUCCCGCAAAGGUUCCCUUCACAAUCAUUUCCAAAUGGCGGCACAGGCCGCCUGGAGUCCUCCCACCACGAGGAGCCGCUAUAGGAAACGCCCAGCUUCCUUCCCAUGUUACCAUUUAUCCCCCGCGGUGCCCUUUGACCCCGCAAAUUCUCUGCCCCAAGUUAAGAUGGCGGCGUCGGUGGCAGCUGCAGUCGGUGGACUGCGGCGGGCCAUUCGAAGGUCGCCCUCAUGGCUGGGCCCCAGCCGACGGCCGCUCUCAUCCAAGCCCCCUCCAACCCAAGCAACGGCCGUACGUGACGCUUUCCUGAGCUUCUUUCGGGACCGCCAUGGCCACCGACUGGUACCAUCGGCUUCCGUGCGACCCCGCGGCGAUCCCAGUUUACUUUUCGUCAAUGCUGGAAUGAACCAGUUCAAGCCUAUCUUCCUGGGCACUGUGGAUCCACGAAGUGAGAUGGCAGGCUUCCGACGUGUGGCCAACAGCCAGAAAUGUGUGAGGGCUGGAGGACGCCACAGUGACCUAGAGGAUGUGGGCCGAGACCUUUCUCAUCAUACCUUCUUUGAGAUGCUUGGCAAUUGGGCAUUUGGGGGUGAAUAUUUUAAGGUGGAGGCUUGCAGCAUGGCCUGGGAGCUGCUGACUCAGGUCUAUCAGAUCCCUGAGGACAGGCUAUGGGUCUCCUACUUUGGUGGUGACCCCAAGGCAGGGCUGGACCCAGACCUAGAGAGCAGGGACAUCUGGCUCAGCUUAGGGGUGCCUGCCAGCCAUGUGCUUUCCUUCGGACCACAAGAGAACUUCUGGGAGAUGGGGGAUACUGGCCCUUGUGGGCCCUGUACAGAGAUCCACUAUGAUCUGGCUGGUGGGGUAGGAGCCCCCCAGCUGGUGGAGCUUUGGAAUCUGGUCUUCAUGCAGUACAACAGAGAGGCGGAUGGAAGUCUGCAACCCCUGCCCCAGCGGCACGUGGACACGGGAAUGGGCCUGGAAAGGCUGGUAGCUGUGCUGCAAGGCAGACGCUCCACCUACGACACUGACCUCUUUUCCCCGCUGCUCAACGCUAUACACCAGGGCUGCGGGGCACCCCCUUACUUGGGCCGGGUAGGGGCAGCCGACGAGGGCCGCACAGACAUGGCAUACCGCGUAGUGGCUGAUCACAUUCGCACACUUAGCAUCUGCAUUGCUGAUGGUGUCUCCACUGGAAUGUCAGGCGCCCCGCUGGUUCUUCGUCGCAUCCUCCGUCGAGCAGUGCGGUUCUCUACAGAGGUGUUGCGGGCACCUCCUGGCUUCCUGGGCAGCCUUGUACCUGUAGUGGUGGAGACACUGGGAGACACUUAUCCGGAACUACAGAAGAACUCAGCCCAGAUAGCCAACCUGGUGUCGGAGGAUGAGGCAGCCUUCCUGGCCUCCCUGCAGCGGGGUCGUCGGAUCAUCGACCGGACCCUGAGGCGUCUGGGACCUUCUGAAGUCUUCCCUGCCGAAGUGGCCUGGUCCUUGUCAAUGUCUGGGGACCUGGGGCUCCCCCUGGACCUGGUAGAGCUGAUGCUGGAGGAGAAGGGGGUGCAGCUGGACUCGGCUGGGCUGGCACGGCUGGCACAGGAGGAAGCCCAGCACCGGGCCCAGCAGGCUGAGGCAGUUGAGGAGCAGAGACUGAGGCUUGACAUCCAUGCAUUGGGGGAGCUGCAGCGCCGAGGUGUGCCUCCAACCGAUGACAGCCCCAAGUACAACUACCGCCUUCUCCCCAGCGGGGGUUACGAGUUUGGCCCCUGCGAGGCCCAGGUGCUCCAGCUGUACACAGAGGAUGGGAGAGCUGUGGCCUCCGUUGGGGAAGGCCAGCGCUGUGGCCUCCUCUUAGACAGGACCAAUUUCUACGCUGAACAAGGGGGUCAGGCUUCAGACCGAGGUUACCUGGUACGGCUGGAGCAGCAGGAUGUGCUGUUCCCCGUGGCCCGGGCCCAGGUCUGUGGAGGCUUCAUCCUCCAUGAGGCUGUGGCCCCUGAGUGCUUGAAGGUGGGGGACCAGGUGCAGUUGCACGUGGAUAAGGCCUGGCGUCUGGGCUGCAUGGAGAAGCACACGGCCACUCACCUGCUAAACUGGGCACUGCGGCGAUCUCUGGGCCCUGGCACAGAGCAGCGAGGCUCCCAUCUGAGUCCCGAGCGGCUGCGCUUUGACGUGGCCACCCAGGCCCCACUGACCCCAGAGCAGCUCCAGGCAGUGGAGAGUGCUGUGCAGGAGGCUGUGAGGCAGGAUGAGGCCGUGUACAUGGAGGAGGUAGCCCUGGCACACACCGCACAUGUCCCUGGCCUGCGCUGUCUGGAUGAGGUCUACCCAGACCCCGUGCGGGUGGUGUCAGUGGGGGUGCCUGUGGCCCGUGCACUGGACCCAGCCUCUCAAGCUGCACUGCAGACCUCAGUGGAACUGUGCUGUGGGACGCACCUGCUGCGCACGGGGGCUGUAGGGGACCUGGUCAUCAUCGGGGAGCGCCAGCUCGCCAAGGGCACCACCCGUCUGCUGGCCAUCACUGGGGAGCAGGCCCAGCAGGCACGAGAAGUGGGCCAGGGCCUGGCCCAGGAGGUGGAAGCAGCCACAGAGCGGCUGAGUCGGGGCAGCCGGGAUGUGGUGGAGGCUCAGCGGCUGUCCAAGGACAUGGGACGACUCACUGAUGCUGUGGACACUGCUGUGAUGCCCCAGUGGCAGCGGCGGAAGCUGCAGGCUGCACUGAAGGUGCUGCAACGGCGUGCCAACACUGCUGUCCGGAAGCUGGAAAUGAGGCAGGCUGCACAGAAAACGCAGGAGCUGCUGCAGCGGCACUCAGAGGGGCCCCUGAUUGUGGACACAGUUUCCACUGAGUCCCUCUCAGUGCUGGUGAAGGUGGUCCGGCAGCUGUGUGAGCAAGUGCCCAGCACAUCCGUGCUACUACUCAGCCCUCAGCCCCUGGGGCAUGUGCUGUGUGCCUGUCAGGUGGCCCAGAGUCCCACACCAGCUUUCACAGCAGAGGCCUGGGCGCUGGCCGUGUGCAGCCACAUGGGGGGCAAGGCCUGGGGCUCUCGAGUGGUUGCCCAGGGCACCGGAAGCACUGCUGACCUGGAAGCUGCCCUCAGUACAGCCCGAGCCUACGCCCUCAAUCAGCUCUGACCCAGGGACUCACAUAGACUAAAGAGACAGGCCAGUGACAGAUACAGGUCAGUUGCUGACUAUGGCGAGAACCAAUCAAACAAAACUUCCUGAAGGAACCAGCAGAACCCCCCUGGAGACUGAAGGGGAGGACUAGAGGCCGGAGGCCAAGCAGCUGAGCUGAAGAGAGCCAGCCUGGGUUGGGUCCUGCCUGGACACCAGGAGAUGUGGGCCGGCCAAGCCAGAAGUGGGGCCAGAGACACCCACACUAAGUGAAUGUGAAAACAUGGGCUGUCCUAGCUGUGACUGUUCAUUAAAAAGUAUUUCCCCCA